UCACGCAUUCCUCUCUGUAUUAAAGUUUAACCAUACUGGGGAAGCAUAAUCCAGAAUAUAUUACAUUAGAUGGCUUUCUGCCUAGGAAAGGAAGAUACCAAAACCUUCCCCGCCCAUUAGAGCUAAGUACCCCUCAACACCCCCCCUCCCCCCCACCCCCUAACCACCCACUUUCCCUUCCCAAAUCUGUCUAAAUUCCUCAUAUCCCUUCAAUCAUAAAGCACCACAAAUCUCACAGCUUCCAUGCCUAAUGUUCUCUCUUUCAAACCACCUCCCAAAUGCCAAAGCCAAAGCAGUUUGGUCCCCGCAACCACACCAACCCACUAAUCUGGUGCGCGGCAAUUAUCUGUGCCAUAAUCUCCGUCUUGGUGAUCAUCACAGGCAUUUUUGUCUUCCUCGGCUAUCUCACAAUCAAGCCAAAGGUCCCCAAGAUCAGUGUCGGCAGUGCCUCCCUCGACACCAUAUAUUUUGAUCAAACCAGCUUGCUCACAGUCCAAGUCACGGUGGUGAUCCGGGCUGAGAACGAUAAUGCAAAGGCUCAUGCAAGCUUCUCCCACACCAGGUUUGCCCUCAACUUUCGUGGCCAGACCAUAGCCUACUUGGUGAACGACCCGUUCAGCGUCAGCGCCAACAGCUCCGUGGACUUCAACUAUGUCUCUCAGUCAAGUCCAAUCCCACUGAACCUGGAAGCAUCAGAGGCUGUGAACUUGUCGUUGAGGCAGGGAGUGAUGGUUUUCGAACUGAAAGGGACUACGAGGACCCGAUGGAGAGUGGGGCUAAUUGGCUCAGUCACUUUCCCAUUGUAUUUGGAUUGUCAACUCCGGUUGCCAGUUGAUAGGAGCACUAUAUACCCAAGAUGUAGCUCCAGGUCUGAAAAAUAAGGUUGCACCAACAGGGUUUCUUUUCUUUCUUUUUCUUUGAUGUGGUUCUCAAUCCCUUGCCUGGUGGCAAUCAAGAUUGUUUUGGUUAAUAACAUAGCAUCUUCGCAGUUUAUACGUUA